AUGGCGCCGUCGGCCGCUGGUGGGGAGCCAGGCGCUCGAGCAGCACGCCGCGACAAGUGGCUCUACAAAACGUGUCUGGGACCAGACCACAAGCCCUACGUCAAUUUUUCUGACAAGCUGUGCUGCAACAAUUGCGGCCUGGCCAAGAGCGUCGUGCACGGAGGCCCCGUCAAAGCUACAUCCCCAUCCAAGCCAGCGCCCUGGGCCCAAGGAGGAGCUCAAGGCAAAAUCACGGGAUCGAUCUCGGCGCAGCUGCUGGAGAUGCAGAAGCAGGCGCGGUCGCUCACCGCGGAGCUCAAACUGGCGAAGGCGAGGGCUCCCUCGGCCAGCGCGCCGACCACCGACGCCGAGAAGGGGGGCGAUGAACCAGGGGCCGAAUCGGCUGCCAAGAGGAGGCUGGAUGAGCUCGACAGCCUUCUCAAGCAGCUGGCGGGGGUCGAUGCCCCAGAGGUGGCCAAGCUGGUGGACCAGUGCAGGCAAGAGCAGACCAAGCUGCGCGCGCAGCUGUUCAUGGAGAAGCCGCCCUCGCAGCGCAUCAAGACCCUCGGCUUCAAGAUCACCAAGGUCGAACAGCAGGUCACCAAGCAACAGCAUGCUCGGGAAUCGAAGCAGGCGCAGCUGGAGGCCCUGCAAGCGGAGAUCGCCAAGCAGGAUGCCGCACUCGCAGGGUCCCGCAAGCAGCUGCUCGAGCUCGAGGGGCAACGAGUCCAACUCUUGGGUGCCAUGCCGCAGCCGCCCACGCAGCCGCCUGGAGCUGCAGCAGGACAAGACGAGAGCAGCUGGACGCUGCCCAAGCUGGAGCAGGUGCUGCUUGCUGCUGGGGCCGCUCCUGAUCUGCAGCAUGAGGUGGUUGCGAUUGUGGGCAAGCUCCGCCAGCACCGACUCGACCAGCACCAGCAAGCCCAAACUCAACGGGAGGCGGACGACAGGCGGGCCGCAGAACCCACCGAGCAGCAGCAGGACGAAGCCAUGGGCGAGGCUGCAGAGGAGGCCCAGGAGGAAGAGUCGGUCAACCAAGCUUCUGCUGAAGAGCUUCGAGAUUCCCUGCGUGAGUCUGGCGCUGAUUUCCCUGGUGCUGCAGACGCCUCGGGGGAAGAGCUGCGGGCCGCCGUCAAGCGCAUCCUCUUGGCCAAGCCAAAGUGGAAGGUGGUCAAGAAGCUACGCACAAUCUGA